AUGGUCAAGAAGCAGACGAGCGCAAAAAGGAAAUCCGCGCGUGGAGGCGGGGAUGCUGGUGGUCAAACGUCGGCAUCGUCAAAAGAGCCAUCCGCCACCGGCACCGCGGCCCAUGUCGAUGACGACGACGACAGCGUGCCGCAGCAGCAGAGACUCCUCAACCACUUUGCGGCGGCCUUUGAACCGGUGCUCGCAGCCGACGACUUUGCGCAGCGUGUGCAGGCCAUCAAGCAGGCGCUCUUCCAGCGCGACUUUGCCGCCGCCUUUGGUCGCGCCGACCACCUCGCCGCGUACGCCGCGCGCUGGAGCCCGACGCGCGCGCUCUGCUACGCGAGGAUCUUUCAGACGCACCUACCGCCUCAUCUCCAUGGCGAUGCGCAAGUCUCAGAAGCCUCGUCGCAGCGUCACAUCAGGAUGGUGAGCGUGGGCGGGUGCGCCGCCGAGCACGUCGCCUUUGCCAACUACCUCCAAAAUUCGCAGCCUCUCUCACAAAAUCACAGCACCACAGGGGAUCUCGUGCUGCUCGAUUCAGCGCCAUGGGCCACCGUCGCCGCCACGAUGCAGGACACGCUGACGACGCCACUCCCACAGUCCAAGUACGCGUCCUCGAGCGCCAGGGCCGCCAACCUACCUUUUCUCCAGACACCGGAGCAGCUCCGUCUGCAGGUCCUGCAGCAAGACGCGCUGCAGCUCAACGAGGCGCAAUGGGUCGACAUUUUCACCCUGGCAGCAGCAGACCCCGCCGUCGUGGUAGUCACGCUCCUGUUUACUCUGAAUGAGCUCUACACAAACGGCGGCAUCAGCAAGACGACCAAGUUCUUGAAGGCGCUCGAGGCGACGCUGCCGGAUCAAGCGCUGCUGCUCGUCGUCGACAGCCCCGGGAGCUUCGCCGAGGCCGCGCUGGGCAAGGACAAGAAGAAAUACCCGAUGCAGUGGCUGCUGCACCAUACACUCACGGAUCCGGCAAGCAUGGCGCAACGGUGGACGAGGCUGGAGUCUGACGACUCGAUAUGGUUCCGGCUCUCGGAUCAGUUGAAGUAUCCGAUUCCGUUGGAGAAUAUGCGAUAUCAGCUGCAUUUAUAUAGGAUACACAAGUCACCGCAGCUCUAA